AUGGCAUCCCGGCUGGAAAACCUUCCCCUCCCGCUGGCUACUCUCUUCCGCCGGCCCGUCCUAUCAGCCAUACUCACCUCCGUAUCCACAACCAUACUCGUUUGGGCCGUCCGCGACUACCGAGCGUACAUCGCUCUUGGUCCCGGUGGUGUGCCCCAUAAUUUUGGAGGCUGGCUUCUCGUCACCCUUGGCAUCCGGCCGUUCGCUCUCUCCAAGGCGUCGGCGACCUACACGGGCGACUACCCGGACGAUGGAGCUCACGAUGAGAUCAAGGAGCUGCCGCAAAGGAAGGGGGGCCGAGCAGAGUUGGGAGGCAUCGUGCCUCAUCGCCAAUUGAGUCAGCAUGCGCCGGAGCGGAUGAGAGAGUUCAUUCAAAACCUCUUUGUCAACGCAGUAACCCAAAACCCAACCCUCUUGGAAUCAAAGCUCUCCCUCUACGAGCGUAACAACCAAGCCAUAUUUGUCUCCCCUCAGGCCCUGGCCUCGUCUACCCCUCCCACGGCUUCUCACACGGCCCGGGGCGAGAUCAGUCACCACCACCACGACCUCUCCAUCCACAUGUACCUCUCCCCCGCGGAUGCCAAGCUUGCAAUCACCAAAGGAUGGGCCGAGCGCCACCGCCUCUCCCUGCCGCGGGGCUCGCUGUUGGCUGGCCGGUUCCACCUUGCCGACUCGUAUUUGAUGAUCUACGGACCGCGUGACGAAGAGGAGAUGGAGGUGCUGGCUGUUUUCUUGAAAAACGCAAUCCGGUUCAUGACUGGGAGAGACAACGUUAAAGGGAUUGAGUGGCGUCAUCGGGUGCCUGCGUGA